AUGCUUCUAAGGGUUCUGCACUUACUGUGUGCUUUCCUCUUCUGGCUUGCAGGAACUGCAGUCCUGGCAAUUGGAUUAUGGCUACGUUUUGACCCACAAACAAAAGACAUAUUUGAAAUUGAAGACAAUCCUUCAUCUUUCUAUAUAGGUGUCUAUAUCUUGAUUGGAGCUGGUGCACUAAUGAUGGUUGUUGGAUUCCUAGGAUGCUGUGGUGCAAUUCAGGAAUCCACUUGCAUGCUUGGAUUAUUUUUCUUGUUUCUCCUCGUCAUAUUUGCGGUUGAAAUAGCAGCUGGAAUUUGGGGCUUUCUGAAUAAGGACCAGGUCACUGAAGAUGUGACGCAAUUCUACCGAUCGUUGUAUUCUGAAUAUGUGACCAAUCAUGACAAGAGUAAGGAAGCAGCUUUAGUAGCAAUACAGAAAAGUGUAAGUUAUUAAAUCUCUUGGCUUUUG